AUGGAGCUAUUGAGCAUGCACUUACAAGUGCCCAACUCUUUUUUCCUUGUUUACAUUCAAGUCAUAAUCCUCCUCUGGAUCUCAUGCUUCAACCUGAAAGGUCUUAGCUUGCUUGGUUUAGCACAUGCAGCAACUGUAGUCGGAGGAAAUGACACUGAUCUUCAAGCUUUACUCCAGUUUAAAGCCAUGAUAACCGGUGACCAACUCAAGGUUAUGAACUCCUGGAAUAGUUCAAUUCACUUCUGCCAGUGGCAUGGUGUUACAUGUGGUCGCAAUCAUCGGAGAGUCAUCAAGUUGGAACUGCAAUUCCUCAAACUCUCGGGAUCUUUAUCUCCAUUCAUUGGAAAUUUGAGCUUUCUCAAGGAGUUGAAUCUUUCGAGUAACAACUUCUACAACCAGAUUCCUCAAGAAAUUGGUCGCCUAAGAAGAUUGGAAAUAUUAGAACUGUCCAAUAAUUCCAUGACGGGUGAAAUUCCUUCCAAUUUAUCCAGCUGUUCUAAGAUUACAUUUGUCAGUAUGAGAGGCAACCAACUAACAGGAGAAAUACCUGCUUCACUGGGUCUCUUGUCAAAUGUGAAAACCUUGGGUUUUGCUAUCAACAGAUUGAGAGGGAGUAUACCACCUUCGUUUGGGAACUUGUCAUCUCUAGAGGCACUUAUUUUGAGGAGUAAUGCAUUGAGUGGGGUUAUAACUGAAGAUAUUGGACGAAUGACAAAUCUUUCAUUUUUCUCGGUAGGAGAAAAUGCAAUUUCUGGUGUUAUUCCGGUCGGAAUGUUCAAUCUCUCCAAUAUUAGAAUCUUUGAUAUUAGUGGGAACAAUAUUCAAGGUACUCUUCCUUCUAAUUUAGCAAUCACUAUGCCAUAUAUUGACUUCUUUUCCGUAUGGGGAAACCAACUCUCUGGAAAAAUCCCGAUUUCUAUAUCCAAUGCCUCGAAUCUUAAUGCACUUCAGCUUUAUCAGAAUAGACUUAUUGGAAACCUCCCUUCCCUUGAGAAGUUGGAUAAACUAUCUUAUCUUCUUCUAGGCACAAACCAUUUGGGAAAUGGAAGAGAAGGUGAUUUGAACUUUCUCUGUAGUUUAGUCAAUAAUACCAAACUAGAGAGUCUAGAUAUAGGAACAAAUAAUUUUGGAGGGGUACUUCCCGAAUGCAUUAGCAAUUUCUCCAGCAGCCUUCAAUUUUUAGCAAUAGAAAAUAACAAAAUAUUGGGGAGAAUCCCUCAUGGGAUUGGAAAUCUCAUCAAUUUGGGGGUGCUUCAGGUAUCACAAAAUCAACUAUCAGGUCCCAUUCCUCUAAACAUGGGGAGGAUUCAGAAGCUAAAUAGAUUUGACGCUCGUUAUAAUUUUCUCACUGGGACUAUUCCCUAUAAUAUUGGAAAUUUAACAGGGUUAAUAUUCCUUGCUUUAGGAGUUAACAAUUUUCAGGGCAAUAUUCCUUCUAGUCUUGGUUACUGCCAAAAUUUGCUUGUAUUGGGUCUUUCUUACAACAAUCUUAGUGGAUCAAUACCAACUCAAUUAUCCGGUUUGCUUCCAACGAGCCUUGGUAGCUGUGUGAGACUAGAGAGGUUGUUCCUUGGUGGUAAUUUGUUUGAAGGACCCAUUCCUUCAUCUUUGAGUUCAUUGAGAGGUCUUGUGGAAUUGGACAUAUCUGAAAAUAAUCUUUCAGGUGGGGUUCCAGAAUUUCUUGUGAAUUUUGGAGCAUUACAGUAUAUAAAUCUCUCUUUCAAUAAUUUUGAAGGAGUGAUACCAAGUGGAGGUGUCUUUAAGAAUGCAAGUGCUGUAUUUGUUGAGGGAAACAACAAGUUAUGUGGAGGCAUCCCUGAAUUACAUUUGUCAAUAUGUAACUCGAAAACAUCAUCAAAGACUUCUCCUAGAUUCAAAAUUGUAAUUGUUGUUGUUGUUGUUACAUUAGGAGUGACUUUGGUAUUGUCUAUUGUUCUCAUCAUUUGGUUCAGAAAGAAGAAAGUGCAGCAACCGAUAUCAACUUUUGCAGAAAAUUCUCUUUUAUGGUUAUCAUACCAAAGCAUCCUAAAGGCUACCAACGAAUUCUCCAUGCGGAAUUUGGUUGGCUCGGGGAGUUUCGGUUCUGUAUACAAAGGAAUUCUUGAAGAGAGUGGAGUAGUUAUUGCAGUAAAGGUUCUUAAUCCUUUGGACCAUAGAUCAUCUAGGAGUUUCUUGGUUGAAUGUGAGACCUUGAAGAACAUUCGACAUCGGAAUCUUGUCAAGGUAUUAACAGCAAUUUCAGGUGUUGAUUAUCAAGGCAAUGAUUUUAAAGCCUUAGUUUAUGAGUUCAUGGUAAAUGGAAGCUUGGAGGACUGGCUGCAUUCUUCAACAGGUAUCAGUGAAUUGGAGACGAUGAGAAAGCUAAACUUCUUCCAAAGAGUAAGCGUGGCAGUAGAUGUUGCUCAUGCACUUGAUUAUCUGCAUCAUCAUUGUGAAACAUCGAUCAUUCAUUGUGACCUCAAGCCACGCAAUAUUCUACUUGAUGAGGAAAUGGUUGGCCAUAUAAGUGACUUUGGCUUAGCGAAAAUCAUUUCUGCAGACGAACUUAACUCUCCAUCUAAGGUGUCAAGCUCGCUUGGAUUAAGAGGAACUAUUGGUUAUGCUCCUCCAGAAUAUGGCAUGGGAAGCGAGUUGUCAACAAAAGGUGAUGUGUAUAGCUAUGGCAUCCUACUGCUUGAGAUGUUUACAGGAAAAAGUCCAAUCGAUGAAAGGUUCAGAGAAGGUUUAAGUCUCCACAACUUUGUUAAAGCAGCAUUGCCUGAACGAAUAGUUGAGAUUACAGAUCCUAUUCUUGUUCAAGAAAGAGUGAGACGAGGAACUCCCAAUGUAAACAACUUUAGAAAUGAUAGGUAUCUUCAGUGCUUGAAUUCACUAUUCGGAAUAGGACUCACUUGUUCUGCUGAAUCACCCAAUGAACGGAUUGACAUGAGUGAUGUUGUUACCAAGCUUUGUUCUAUUAAAGACAAACUCCAUCCGACUAGAGUACCUCGUGAGGUUCCAACUUAAAUAUGUGGCUCAAUCGAAAAGAGUAUAUGUGCAAUAUUUAUAGCUUUCCACCAAUAAUUUCUCAGUGUAAUUUGUAUUAAUGCUUUGUUUUUCUCUUUGCUUAUUAAACUAUUGGAUUGUCAUCAAAUCAGAAUUCAAGAUAAUGCCAAUAAGCUU